CCCUUAAAAAGCAGAGUGGGUGCAGCGCUCUUAGACGAUCGAUAUAUAUAUUAGCUUUCCUAUCAUUAUAAAAAGACAGAAAGAGAGAGGGAGAGAGAGAGAGAGAGUGAGUGAGAGAGAGACAAUUCACGUUUCUACGAUUAACUUGCAUGAACCGUCUUGAGAACCGUCGCUUCGAGUCGAGGAAGACGAAAACGCCUUGUCGAGGUCGCCUCGUCGCGCCGUACUAACCGAGCCUACGCCCGGGCUUUCAGCAGGUCGCUUGCGAAUUGCGCUUGGUGAAUUUCCACGCGUUGUUUAUAAAACGGAGCCCUUUGAACGACCUUUUCAGGCCAUGAAACCAAACUCAGCUCUGUUCUCCGAAAGGUCUAAGAUGAAGCUGGAUUUAGCUAGGAGAUUAAUUAAACCCGAAUUGAACGUUGACGAGAACGACUUCGACGUGACGACGACCCCUUAUUCCGGCAAAUCAAAAGUGAAAGAACCCUCGGCGAUCGGCGAGAGCAGGAAUACAGAGAAAACGACGAGAGCGACCAAAGUCAGCGGCUCGCGCAUCGGGAGCCCGAUAGGCGAGGACGCGCGGAAGGAAAAGCCGAGAGGCAGGUGGAAGAUCGCGGGUACCCCGAGAAAAUCCCCGAAGAACGCGAAUCCCGACGUUUCGCCGGGCUCUCCUGCGGCCAAAAAGAAUAGAGCGGAGUUCGCCAAAGGGACGGUCGCGUCUUCCCUCGCCGAGAGAACUUCCGCGAAGAACCUGCUCGAGCUGAACGCUAUACCGCGCGAAAUCACGCAUCGUGGCACCACCUUCGAAGAGGCGGCCACGACGGUCGACAUGAGCAAAAUCCGAUCCCCGGCGCCGCAGAGCACGACGGUGCCGCGGGAGGAGUCGUCGAGCGUGGACAUACUGGACAUCAUAUACGAGAACAUCAUCGUCACGACCGAGCCUGUCGAACCGAUGAAGCUGGAUAAGACACCGGAAACCACGACGAAACCUGUCACUUAUGACACCCAGAAGGAAACCACCGUCGUAGUACCGAUCACGGACUCGGUCGCGGAGUCCACCGAAUCCCCCACCACGGAAUUCGCUCAAGAGGUCACCCUGUCGCCGACCAUCACCGUGCCAAGCGACUCGCACCUGACAUCCGCGAUCACAACGACGACGUCGUCACCAAAGAUGCUGUACCCCGUCUACAUCCCAAGCUCGAAGGUCGAGCAGGGCGCGAGCGACACGACGAAGAACACUUUCCGGCCCCGUUACACGAAGCCAGUACCGGACAAGGUGGCGGUCUCGAUGGUGACGUCGAGGACCGUCGGACCUACCAGCAGAUACAUCCGGAAGAAGUCGGGCGUCUUCACGCCGUUCAACGCAGCACCCAAGGCGGUCAGCACGGAGCCGAGUCUUACGCAGACGAAGCGACGCGAAUUCCGUCCGCGAACGGCGACGUACAGGCGGCACUCGGAGAUGCCGACCAGUUCCUUGGUCCAGCCGCCGGUGACCAUGGAAGAGCCGUCCGUCGGCGUCAGCAUCACGCCGAAACCAACCAAGUUUCACGCCAACGUCAAGUCGUCCACCCCGACCGCUCGCUCGGUGCCGACCGAUCCACUCGUCAACGUGAGGAUCGACACGUCCAGCGACGGCGCACCACGUCUGGUCGGCAUCACCGAUAGCAGCAACGGCGUCAGCGGCUCCAACAUCUUUAAUCCUACCCGGAGCUCGUUCCUCGCCGCCGGGAACACGACCACGCUGCUGGAGCAGCUGCGAAGCACCGUGGCGCCGCUCCUGACUAACCUGGGCAACAAGACCCCUGUCUUCUCCGGCGCUUACUCCAACGUGGAGACUAACGGGAAUCCAGCACCCAGGAUAACGCCGAACGGUGCCCCGCCGAGAUUCAGCGCGAGAUACAAGGGAGCAGAGUUGCUCGUGAGAAAACCAACGAUCGGUCAAGCUGUGGUACCAUCGGUCACCACGUCAUCGACCACGGCCUCGACGCCAAUAGAGAAUUCCAGUACAGCGUCGCCCGUCUACGUCGUCAACCCCGGCGAGCCGAGAUUCGUCACUUUUUAUCAGGCAUUAGAGUCGGCUAGCGUAAAAAACGAGAAUCUAGGCGCGGACGACGGUUCUCAGCGGCAAAGACUAAUGGGCGGGUUAACGAAGGUAGACUCUAACGCUACUGUACUUAACGCCGCCGGUAAUGACACUGCUAACAAUGACACCGCAAGCCCCACCACCACCACCACGAUCACCACCACCACCGCAUCAAUCGAAACUACACCCCCCUCAGAAUCUACCGUAGACACUAUGACCACCACCCAGUCGGCAGACGUUUCGCUCAAUGCGAGAUUGAGCGCGGACGAUACCCCAGAGUCCGCCCCGACGACGACGACGCUCCCGACCCCCGCGAAUACGGAUGCGAGCGAGAUGACCACCCCGUCGUCGUCGCCGGACGUUAACACCGAGCAAACCACCGCGGUCCCCACCUCCUCGGAACCGACCGGAAUUACCGCCCCUGAUAACUCAAUAAUGAGCACCCCAGCGCCGCAAAGCACCACCACCACCACCGAGUCGGUCAGAACCACCGAAGCGUCGACCGUCGGCGUCGACACCACCUCUACGGAAACACCGUCCACUACCACACAACCCACCCUCAACGCUCGACUGGUCGAGCCGGAGACCACGAGCCCCGCCGAGAGCGCGCAGACGGAGAGUACAGACGCACCGAUGACCAUGGUCACUUCGACGACUCCGCAAACGUCGAGCGCACCGUCGGAUCCGACCAGCACGACCGCUGAAAGCGUCACGACCACGCAAGCACCUCCGGAAACGAUCAUCUCGACUCCGUUGAACGACGUGACGGAGAACGUCGAGACGAAUACCACAGGACAGUCCGAGGAGACGACGCCUCCACCGACGGAUGUCCCGGUCACCGGCAAUCCAGAGACAAGCACUGUACGACAAUCUGAAGCUAUAAUAUCGGCGGAACAGACGACGAGCACUGUACAACAAUCUGAAGCUAUAAUGUCGACGGAGCAGACGACGAGCACUGUACAACAAUCUGAAGCUAUAAUGUCAACGGAACAGACGACGAGCACGAGCGUGCCCGGGAUCGAGGAUAUAGAAACGAACACCAUCCAGCAGUCGGAUGCGACGACGUCCCAAGCGACGGAAACGACAAGUACCAGCACCGAGCAUUCCACCACGGAGGAGAUCUCGAACGACGUGCUGGAAAGCCCGACCACACCAGCACCCGUCGCCGUAACCACGCUUCGGACGCGACUGAUCGACCUGGCGCAGGACAUCCUGUCGCGUUUGCAAGUCGAGCUCACCAGCACGACGCCCAGCCCGGGAAGCACGCGAUCGGGAGAAGCGAUCGUUGAGAUGACCACGUCGGAACCGGCGACAACGAGCGGACCAACAUCGCAGGAGACGACCACCCAAGACACAGUAGGUUUGGGCAGCGAUUCGACGAUGCAGGGCACGCGUGGUCCGGAGAAUCCAGGACCGAGAGACACGACGGAAGUCGUCACGUCGGUCUCGCGAGACUUCGUCGCGGAGGGCGAGCCUCGGGCGUCUAACGAUACCUUGCUCGCCGAGCUAAUGACCAUUGCGAAGACCCUCUUCUCGGAGGCGAUGAACGACACGCGGCCGAGCCAGAUCGCCGAGGCGAUCCAAAUGAACGGCACGGCGGAGAGUAACGAAAGGGAUCGAUCAGUGUCCUCGGACGACACAUUGACGAUAGCACCCUCGCGGCCGGCCACGGCUGACGCGAGUUCCCAAUUAAUUACUAAUCCGAUUCAGUCAUCCGACAACACCGAUCAGCGGCAGACCAUUACGACUACCGGCAGUCCCGCGCAACGGGAUGAGCUCACGACUACCACGACGAGCGGCAGCGUCGACUCGUCGAAUGUAGCCACCACUAACAACCCCCCGAUAGCCGACGACCCUGUUACCUCGAACACUGAACGUACGCUCGACUACGUGAACGAGCAGUCCACGACACCGAGUGCGUGGUCACCGGGACUAACAGAAUUAACCACUAACGUAGCCGUUACAGAAGUAAGCGUCACGCAAGCGAACGCAGUAGAGACCACUAACCAGACCCCGGGACUCGACACCACGAUGGUGCCUGCGGCCGACCUGCAGGUCACCAGUGACCAACCCCCCGUAACAUCGGUCACCAGCACGAGCACGGUGCGCGCCGGUAGCGCGACCGACACGACAACAAGCGAUACUCAGGCAUUUAGUACCGAGCCUUCCGCAGAAGCAGCUCGUAAUCUAAUAAACUCCACCGACACCACCACCACUAAUCCAACCGACGGCGACGUAACAACAGACGCUCCCAUUCAAAUCACGCUAACCGAUCUCAUAAGCGAGAGUCCAAAUCUGAUUGCCCGUUUCCAGGAUACGACGGCAACAACCGCCCAAGGGACGGCAGGUUCAGGGAUCAUCCAACCCGAGCAAACGACCGCAACCACCAUUCCCACUGUCACAACACCCUCAAGCGCACCAAUGCCAACCGAUCCCCCCAUGCUCCCUGAAUCCUCCACCGUCGCUACCACAACGGUAGCGGCCACAACGACGACAGAACAACCGACGACCACGACGACGAGCGCGACGACGAGCACAACGACGGUCGGGACGACGUCGGCGCCAACGUCCGAAACGACCACUUCGGCCAGUACGAGCGAAAAUGAUAACCUCGUGUCCACCGAGGCGUCGUCGACCAUGCAGGACAGAACGGGCACUCUUACCGAGGCGGACGACUUGAACAUGAUACCAAAUACGGACGUCGACCUCGAACAGACGACGACGACAACCUCGACGACGUCCAUGUCGACGACGACCAUGUCCACAACGCCCAUGUCCACGACGCCCAUGUCCACGACGACCGUGUCUACGACGCCCGAGACCACGACGCCUAUGUCUACGACAACUAUGUCUACGACGCCUAUGUCUACGAUACCCACGACGACUACGACUACGAGCGCUGCACCACCAACCACCACGAGCACGCCAACUACGGCACCAACGUUCUCCAAAACGCAGAUCUUCGGUCCAGAUGGUCCAGUGAUGCGAACAGGCUCGACGUUCCCACCUCUCGGCCCCUUCAACACGAUUCCUUACCUGCGACCUUUCGGCGGAAGUCCGGCAACAACAGCGUCGAGGUUCAAUACUCCCUCGUUCCCCUCCUCGACGUCCUCUAGCAAAGCGCCGGUACGCGACUACUUGAUUUACGGUAUCUAUCCGAACAAGACCAUCGUCCGCAAGCGGCCGGAGGACAAUCUGAUCGACCCGAGAAACGUCGACAGCCCGUACGUGAUAUUCGGCAUCUACCCGGACGGCAGAUUAGUCCGGAAGUUCCCGAACGGGACUAUAAUACCGGACAGGCCCAGGAAUCCAGUCGAGGUUGUGUUCACGCUUAGCACUACUACUACUACUAACCGACCAGCACCCAGGCCGUAUUAUAACCAGGCUAAUAACCAGUACCAAGCUCCGGUGUACUAUAAUAGUCGUAGACCCGUGGACGAGCUGACGAGAUACACCCAGAGCCCUGGCCCCGUUGAUAUUGGACUCACUGCUAACGCAAUCGGCGUACCCCUCGGAGGUGGGCCGUAUUUCACGGGACCACUCGGUACCCCUGCUAGCAUCCCGGGCACAAAUAAAAUGAGCGAUAUAUUAUUAAACACACGAAUGGGCACACUACCGAACGCAAUGUCGACGAUUGGUAAUCUGCAGAUACCAAUCACAAAUAGCGUUCAAACGCAAGAUCCAGUUGGCUCUAUUGUUCAAGAUUACGACAGGAAUGAAGCGUCUCGGUCAAGAGUAACGUCGAAUCAGCGCUCCUCCGUAUACAUAGGACAGGAUAAAUUCAUUAAUUAUCAGAUCGAUGGAGCGCCCGUUUUCAACCCGAAAGUCGUCGAUGUGAAGAUAAAUUCAGUGGCUACCUCUGUGAGCGAAGGCACUGCGUCAACCUUGUCAUCGAUUCCGUCCUUUAAUAAUUUAUUGGACAAUCAACAAUCAGGCGGUAGAAUAACAGUACCUCCCGGCUCCCCUUGGAGCGAUCCUCUCGAUCAGAUAUUCGGUAUUACCACCAAUUCACCUAUACAAACAGCAUCCGUGGCGUCGAACCAACUGGAGGAGUCAGUGGACAACAUGCGUCCCGUAAGUCCCUUCGUAGAAGUAUUCUCGCCAACUGCAGGCAGCAUGACGAAUCCUGAAGGCAGGCUGGUAGCGCCCAUCACCUCAUCAACUGCCGCUACUACUACUACUAUUACGCCAAUGCCUACAACUGCAGCAACGACGACGAGUACUGCAGCAACUACUACUCCAACCACUACUACCACCACCACCACUACUACUACCACUACUACUACACCAGCACCUACAACGACUACUACUGCUGCUACAACCACUACUACCGCUGCUACAACCACCACUACCGCUGCUACAACCACCACUACCGCUGCUACAACCACCACUACCGCUGCUACAACCACUACUACCGCUGCUACAACCACCACUACUUCUGCUACAACCACUACUACUACUUCAACAACAACUCCUGCGACGACCACGACGAGCCAAGCAACUACUACAAGUGCUACACCCACUGCUCCUCUCAUUGCAACUACAUCCGCCGUCUCAAAAAUUGCACAAGUCGGAUCAUCGCCAGCGACAAAAUCUACGGCAAACAUACUCAAUGAAUUGCAGGUAAACAGGAAGGAGAAUGCCUUUGGUACGACGUUCGGAGAUAUGAUUUUCUUAAAUUCAUUGUUACAGAAUAACAACUUACAACCCACCACCCCGAAAACGCUGAGUGAAGUGGAGCAAAUGUUAGCAAACAAGAUCUUAGCGCUCGCACUGGCUAAACCAGGACCGACGCGAUCCCCGAAAGCGGUUCAAGGUUUUGGUAAUGUAAACGACAACUUCGUGAGCAGCCGGCCGUCACCCAGUAAAUCGGAGCCUAUAAUAAUCGACUUGUUACCGUAUUUGAAAGUCAAUAACGUCGCGUCAACCACGAAGAGAUACAUGGAUGCAAGCACGUCGACUGCAUCGUCGCCACGACCCACCAUACCGAUUGCAGUAACCAAGCCACCAGUUAUCAUUACUGCUAAGCCUAGAACAACAGCGAGACCGAGAACCACUACGCAAGCACCCGGAUUCGGCGUGAGCUUGUGGCGAGCGUUGUUCGGCGGCGGUAACUUGUUCGAAACGAGUACAGCAGCUGCGAAGAACAGGAGGCAAAAGUCCACCACGGCUAAGCCGGUAACUUGGAGGCCUGAAGCCGCUCAGAAACCGAUGCAGCUCGCAUCUGUGCCUAUCAGUCACAUCAUAUCCCCGAUUAAAUCGCCCACCACGGCAAGAAGCGUGCCCCGGGAUAUCUCGGACAUCCAAGUGUCCCCAAUCACAUUAGUCUCAGACAACAUUAACUCCGCGUCCAUGUCGACGCCGAGCUUGAUUUCAAGCACGCAACAGACACUGUUAAAUAACCCGAAUCCCAGAUUAGACGACACCUCUACGUCAACUUACUCGCCCGAGGACGACGCGAAAUUCUUGGUUGCGCUCCUGCGAGCCUUACAACCGGACUCGAAAACAGAUGCAACUGCGACAUCAAAAGGGAUAACCGAGAUCGACGAAGCCUUCUUAAGGGCAAUUUUAAGUAAUCAGGUUGUUACUACUACGACUGCCGCACCGUCUUCCACCGAAAUAAAUCCUGCCGCUUUGUUGGCAUUACUUUUAAAGCAGCAAGGUAUAGAACCAUCGACGCCGGCGACGAAUCUUAGAGAACAAUUGCAAUUAGCCAGCCUCGGCCUGACCACCCAAUCGCAAUCAAAUCCAUCUACGCAGUCGACGACUACUCGACCAACGACGGUGACUACUACUAGAUCGCCUCCUGUCUCGAGUACUCCACGUAUAGUCAGUACGAUUUCGAAGAAACCUGCGACACAGAAACCAACCUCCAAACCAUUGCUACAAACCACAACAUGGAGUCCAAGUUCGACGUAUCCACCGCCUCUAUUCGGAGGUUCCUUUUCGACUGGGGAAGGAAGUAAUUCCGGCAGCGGAUUUGCCACUGCUACUAGAGCCUUUGGUCAAUUCCUUGGCGCUGCAAUUUCGGGAGCAGCCCAACAGAUACAAUCUUUAAUAAAUGGCACUAGAAACGUCACAUAUUAAAGAACAAUAAAAGAGAGAAUUUAUGUUUUUAACUAAAUAAUGACUCGGAGGGGCAAAUGUCAGGAUUGAGGUUGCAAUAGUUAUCAAAUAGUGAAGAAUAUGAUUGCCACUUAUCGCUGAAGGCAUACGUACAUAGCAACGCGAGGUCCGACGAGAUGCUAGAAAAAUUUAAUCCAAGUGCUUGCAUGAAACAAGCUUGUUCAUAAUGUUCAUAAUAUAAACACUAUGGACGAACAAGUCUCGAAGAUUUAGAAUUUUUCUAGUUAAUUCACACUAUGUAUGAAAUAUUGAAUAUUGAGUAUCGUGUGAUAUCGUCCUUUCAUUGGACAAAUGCGUAUUGACGGAAAAGAAAAUAUAAGAUAAGAUAAAACACCAGAGCCGAUGAAACAAGGAGAGACGUAUUUUGUAUAACGUGGGACAAAAACAGGGUGUAAACAUGAACGAUUUUCAACGGUAAAACGUAGUGAUGGACGGACGGACUAUGCUAGCACUACCGUAAGACGUGCAAAAGUUCGGCAAAAGUAUUAAACGUACUUCUGCGAAACUUAUCAAUAUGUCAAAAUGUUUUGUCACAAAAUCUACUCGAAUGGCUAAUUAUAAGUAAAAUGCCAUACAUCGCGAUAUAUUAUGAUUCAUAAUUUAUUAUCUAUUAUGUUAUAUUAUGUUGAGUUCAUAAGAUGAUCAAAUAUCAUAUCUUUACGAAUAAUAAUUAUUUUUCUUCCCCUUAAAAGUAACAUAUAAUUGUUCCUCCGUGUUUCCAAUAUAGUUAUGUAUUCGAUAAGUCUGUAUAUAUGUAUAAUUGGCUAUUAUUAUAUAUGUUUUAUAAUAAAAUAAUUGUAGUUAAAAGUGUUUACAUUAGUAUACAAAUGCAUUAAGACACCAAUUAUCUUACAAUAAAGUACUACGAUGUAAGUAAUCGCCCCUUGCGUGGUUGCUGUAAUAUUUAUUCAAAGUGCGUAUCAAAUGUCUUGUAAUUGUAAUGUACAAUCGCAUAUUAAACGAAUGCACACAUUAAACGUAAUUUUAUCAAUUUACGUUUAGUGUUUUUCUACCGAUUCACAAUAUCAUUACGCUUGUUUAUUAACCGUAAUAUGGCGCGGAGAAAAGUUUUAAAUAUCCGAAAUUUCUGGUCCAAGUUUGAGAUCGAACCCGAACCUAUCGGCCAUUUUUUUUAACGUGUUGCCGGUUAUUUUUAUUUAAGAAAAAACGCGCAUAAUAUACGUGUGAAACCGCUGAAUACGUAUAGUUGCUUGCUGAGGCCGAUCAACGGCAGAUCAGUCAGAUCACUUUAUUUUUCGAAUUCAGCUUGUACAACUUAAAAUAGGCAACAUCCAAUUACUUGUCUACCAUUAUCUUUAUUGACGAUGAUGAUGGAAUAAAUUACAUGAUAAAUUGUGUUGACAUUGUGUAACAGAGCUGAUUCAGUAUAGAGAAAAUCUUGAGCUAUAUUUAUAAUUGUACCUCACUAUGCAUUAAUAAAUAUAGAGAGAGCAAAACGUAAAUCAUAACUUUUUAUGAAUAAGUACAAUUUCAAAGACCCAAUAACAAAAUUUAUUCACAUUAUCAAACACAUUUGUAACUUUUACAAUUUUUUCUAUCUAUAUAUAUAUAUAUAUAUGUAUACAUAUAUAUUAUAUAGAUUAUAUAUAUAAAUUAUAUAUAUAGAUAGAAAAAAUUGUAAAAGUUACAAAUGUGUUUGAUAAUGUGAGUAAAUUUUGUUAUUGGGUCUUUGAAAUUGUACUUAUUAUAUAUAUGUAUAUAUUAUACAUACAUAUAUUAUACAUACAUGAUUCUCAAUCGUUUUGUCGCAUAAGUAUAUUAGCUGCAAAUGUCAACAGGAUAGCAAAUUAUUCUAUCGAGUUAAA